AUACUCCCCGUCUCUAAAUGACAUAUUCAUAUACGAGGAUGGUACUUCUUUGGACUAUAUAGGGACGGAGGUCGGGAGGGAAUUCGCGAGAGCAAGAAAGCAGCUACGGUAGCCAUGCAUGACCAUAUGAAAGCGACGACGCGAGAGGAUGACAUAUUUCCUUAUCAAUAAUUCCUACGCCCAAAUUAAAGAAGCCCUGGAAUCAGGAACUAGGAAGGGGCACCGAUGUGAUUUUGUGAGCCAACGACAUGGGGAGCAUGAGCGUGAGCAAUGCAUGUUUGCCGAGUCAAACGUUGCCCCACCAACAAGCAAGUGCGUCGUGCGUGGAUCCUCUCCUUCCUCUCUCUUGGUUCCUGUUAUCUCUCUCGGCUGUCCACUCCCCCGUGAUGUGAGCGCGUUUCUCUCCCGUCCUCUCCUCUCCUCCCCCGCAACAAACACCUGCAAGCUGCUCUCGAUCUCUCUCUCCGUCGCCAUCUCUCUCGCGCGCGCAUUACUUGCACGUACGAGCUCAGAAGGAAGGCAGAGGCAAAAGCAGCCAUGGCGAACUCGUCGUCCGGCCUUGCGGUGAACGACGAGUGCAAGGUGAAGUUCCGGGAGCUGAAGUCGCGGCGGAGCUUCCGGUUCAUCGUGUUCAGGAUCGACGACACGGACAUGGAGAUCAAGGUGGACCGCCUCGGCGGACCGAACCAGGGCUACGGCGACUUCACCGACAGCCUCCCCGCCAACGAGUGCCGCUACGCGAUCUACGACCUCGACUUCACCACCAUCGAGAACUGCCAGAAGAGCAAGAUCUUCUUCUUCUCCUGGUCCCCUGACACUGCACGCACCAGGAGCAAGAUGCUGUACGCCAGCUCCAAGGACAGGUUCAGGAGGGAGCUGGACGGCAUCCAGUGCGAGAUCCAGGCCACCGACCCCAGCGAGAUGAGCCUCGACAUCGUCAGGAGCCGGACCAACUGACCGUCAUCGUCCAUCAACGACCAAGCAACAACACAUCCACACUAUAUACUCAAUUCACAUUGCAUGCAUCGUUAUUAUUACAUCAUUUAUUUCAGACCCCCCGCCCACUGCUAACCGUAGUCCAUAAGAGAUUCAUCAUCCGUGGACUAUGCUCGAUCUCUUCCGUACGAUACAAUUCUCAAAUAUUUCUAUUUAUUUCCUAAGUGAAUUAUUAUAUAUGUACUAUUUCAUUCCAGGUUCAUUUUACUUGUGACCAUUCUUCAGUUCUUUUUUCUGUAAGGAUCGGUAUAUCGGAGCAUAUGUGCAUGGCUAUGCCAGUUGUUGGGCGUAAGAAUGUAUUUUUUUCUGUAAUAUAGAAAAAAACUAUUUUAAGCAACAGGUUAUUGUCAAGUUA